AAAAUUAAAAUUAUGAAGUAUUUAAUAUUAUUAAAAUACAAAAAUAUUUGAAAGUGAAAAAUUAAAGUUUUCAAUCUUGAAGAACAUAAACUGAAGAUAAAACAAUGCUUCGUGGGAAAUCAAAGAAAUUAGAAGAAAAUGACGAUUCUAAUGUUAAACAAAGAAAACCUAAAUGUGCAAGAUGCAGAAAUCAUGGACUGAUAUCUUGGUUGAGAGGUCACAAAAGAGAAUGUCGUUAUCGCGAUUGUUUUUGUGUAAAAUGUUCACUAAUUGCUGAACGUCAACGAGUUAUGGCUGCACAGGUCGCUUUGAAACGACAACAGGCUGCCGAAGAUGCAAUAGCUCUUUGUAUGGCAAAAGUGACGACAGGACAAAAAAUUAAUCGCCUACCACCAGGAAAAAUAUUUGGAAUGACAGUAACAGAUCCUGAUACGAAUAAAAAUAAUAAAGAGGGAAAUCCCGUCACUUUGGAUACAAGUACAAAUAAUCCGCCCGAAGAUUCCAACGAUUGCAUUGAAAAGGAAGAACACAAUAUUUUUGAGCUGAAAAAUCAAGAGAAAAAUGAAGAAACCAAAUCUGAACAUGAAGGUAGUGGCAUCAGUUUGUUCCCGAAAAUAAAAGAGAAAUUAAUUAAGAAAACAGAUUGCGCUGUAUCGCAAACAUCAAUGGAAACUCUUGUUCGACUAUUUCCAAAUACAAAACUUUCUGUACUUCAAUUGGUAUUGCAAAGAUGUGGUCAGGAUCUCCUCAAAGCAAUUGAAUAUUUUUCUUGUACCGAAAAAUCCUCAACCAUUGAUUCCCAUUGUCCGGGAAUAUCCGCUUUUCAUCCACCAAAAAUCGAUCAACUCCCAGAAGUCCUUAAUCAAGAUUUAAAAAAUUCAUCCAAGACAUUCACUUUGCCUCCACUGCAUCCAACAAAUCAUUUAGGCGAAAGUUAUUGCCUUUUAAAUGUAAUAUCUGAACCAGUUGCUAAAAAUUUUGAAAACACCAACUUUUGUGGAAAUAAUUUCUCUUUUGGUAAAUCAGGAACUUCGAGAAUUGAUCGUGAGAGUUCAAUUGCAUUGAAUUUGCAGUACAAUCAUUAUUUUGACUCGGGACUUCAAUAUAAUCAUCAAUUACGUGAACAUCAUCAGUUUACAGAUUUUUCUCAAAGGCCAAGUAUACUGCAUCUUCCACCUUUUAUUCCAAAUAUUCCUUGCGUUCAGCCAAAUUGUUUACUUUGCUACAAGUUUGCAUAAAAUAUUUCCAAAAAAAAAAUUCUUUCUGAAAAAAAUAAUUACAUUUCUAUUAUUAAAAUAUAUAUAUUAUAUAAUGACAUUUAAUAAUGAUAAAAGAAGAAAUUUCUCAAUCUCACCUUUUUAGAAUGAAAAAAUACUCUUUUAAAUUAAAUUAAAAAUUAUUUAACUAUUUAUAUAUUAAAACAGCAUUAACAUAGUGAAAUAUUCGAUUUUAUUAAUCACUAUGUUGCGAAUAUUUAUACAUAAUAUUAUCAUUAGUUUCUAAUUAUAGGGUAUCGAGCAUUAAAUAUACAUUACAUGUAUUUUCUUUAUAUGUAAUUUGAUAUUUCCCUAGAAUAUAAUACGUUAUUUAUAAUUGGAAUUAAGAAUAUAUUCAUUUUGCGCAUUUACUGCGAAAAAUUUUCCACUUUUUUAAAUUAAAAUUCUAAUGUUUUAUACAAAACAAAAAAGAAAUUGCUUUUUAUGAACACAAAAUUUCAAUUUUUCUUCAAAAUUGAAUAUUAUUGCAUGAAUAAUUUAAAAUAAAUAUUUAAUUUUAGAUAUAUAAAUAAAAAGUGUCUUUUUCAUUUAGAUAGAAUGUUGUUAAUUAAUUUUCUAAUAAAAAGCAAAAUGAAACGAUGUCCUCCCCCCC